AUGUCGCCUGAAACAACAUUAUUGUCAACUGAAUUGACAAACAAAGCUUCAACAACUGAGACGUUAAGUCCAACUGACAGCAUUACCACAGUUGUAAUGACAACUGAAACAUCAGCUCCUACUGAUAGCACAACCACAGACGUAAUGACAUUUGAAAACUCAGCGUCAAGUAGUACAUACAGCACCAGUAUAGAAGAUAUAACGACUGAAACGUUGAUUCCAACAGACGACACAUCAACAAAUGCAAUGACAACUGAAACGUCAAGUCACACUGACAGCAUAACCACAGAUGCAAAGACAACUGAAACGUCAAGCUCCACUAUUGGCACAACCACAGAUGCAAUGACAACUAAAUCGUCAAGUCUUGAUGACAGCACAACCACAGACGUAAUGACAACCAAAACGUCAAGUCCUACUGAGAGAACAACCACAGACACAAUUAAUACUGAAACGACAUGUCCUACCGACAGCACAACCGCAGAUGCAAUGACAACUAAAACGUCUAAUCCUACUGACAGCACAACCACAGACGCACCGACAACUGAAACGUCAGGUCACACUGAUAUCACAACCACAGAAGCACCUGCAACUGGAACGUCAAGCCCUACUGACAGCACAACCACGUAUGGAAUGACAACUGAAGCGUCAAGUAGUACUGACAGCACAUCCACAGAUGCAAUAACAACUAAAACGUCAAGUCUCAGUACAUCCACAGAUAAAAUGACAACUGAAACGUCAAGUCCCACUGACAGCAUAACCGCAGAUGCACCGACAACUAAAACGUCAAUUCCCAGUAAAAGUACAUCCACAGACGCACCGACAACUGAAACAUCAAGUCCUACUGACAGCACAACCACAGAUGCACCGACAACUGAAAUGUCAAGUCCUACUGACAACACAACAACAGAUGCAAUGACAACUGAAACGUCAAUCCCUACUGACAGCACAACCACAGACGCACCGACAACUGAAACGUCAAUCCCUACUGACAGCACAACCACAGACGCACCGACAACUGAAAUGUCAAGUCCCACUGACAGUACAACCACAGAUGCAAUGACAACUGAAACUUCAAGUCCCACUGACAGUACAACCACAGACGCACCAACAAUUGAAACGUCAAGCCCUACUGGCAGCACAACCACAGACGCACUGACAACUGAAACGUCAACUCUUACUGACAUUACAACAACAGAUGCAAUGGCAACUGAAACGUCAAUCCCUACUGACAACACAACCACAGAUGCAAUGACAACUGAAACGUCAAGCCCUACUGACAGCACAACCACAGACGCAACGACAACCGAAACAUCAAGCCCUACUGACAGCACAACCACAGAGUCAACUGAAACCACAACAACAGAUGCAAUGACAACUGAAACGUCAACUCCUACUGACAGCACAACAACCGAUGCAAUGACAACUGAAACGUCAACUCCUACUGACAGCACAACCACAGAUGCAAUGACAACUGAAACGUCAAGCCCUACUGAAAGCACAACAACAGAUGCAAUGUCAACUGAAUUGUCAACUCCUACCGACAUCACAACCACAGACGCACCGAUAACUGAAACAUCAAGUCCUACUGACAACACAACAACUAAUGCAAUGACAACUGAAACGUCAAGCCCUACUGACAGCACAACCACAGACGCACCGACAACUGAAACGUCAAAAAGUUCCGAACAGCGUUGUGUGAUGACAUACGAAUUUUCUGGAGGAAACCACGAAGUUCCCUGUUUUAAUGACACUUACUCCUGGAUUGUCAUACAGAGACGAUACGACGGAAGUGUUGAUUUCUACCGGAACUGGGCUGAAUAUAAAGUUGGCUUCGGUGACCUAGAUUCUGAAUUCUGGUUAGGAAACAACUAUAUACAUGAGCUGACUAGUAUCUUUGGAUACACUCAUUUAAGGAUUGAAAUAAAGGCGUUUGAUGGCCAAGAGGGAUACGCUGAAUACUCAUUCUUAGUAGACGACGAAGCUCUUUUGUAUAAAAUACACAAUACAUGGAUAUCGGGGGACAUUGGUGAUACAUUAUGGAUAACAGAUGGCGCCUCAUUUUGCACUAUGGAUCAGGAUAAUGAUGGAAGCAAGACCAAAGUGUGCACAGAUGUAUAUCAAGGAGGAUGGUGGUAUUCAUGGGCUGUUUGGUGCACAGAAGGGAAUCUGAAUGGGAAAUACAACCACGUUUAUAAAUCAGAUAAGACCGGGAUCUUUUGGUUUCAAUUUGACAAUCAUCACACUCUUAAAGAAGUGCGAAUGAUGAUACGUAAACCUUAG